AUGCUUAUAAAAUUACUUGUAAAUGUAUUUGAACGAGCAAAAUCCAAACUAACAUCAACACGCUCUAAUGAUCGUAGUUUAUCAGACUCCGACAAUGAAAUCGAUUCGAAUAAUUCUAAACAAAUAUUUUCAUCUCGUCCAUCAAUAAUUCAUCAACAACCUCGUUUAUCUAUAUCUAAAUGGUUAUGUACUAGUCCACCAUCUAUUAAUAAAUCGAUUUCAUCAUCAAAAUUUAAUAAACUACGUCGCAGUAGUUCAUGGCGUUCAUUGAAAGAACGUGGAAAUAAUUAUAUUGGACAUUUAACAUCACGUACAUUAUCAUUUGAUGAACUUCAUCGAAAUGACAAACAACAUCAAAAAAAUAAUUCUUCACGUAAACGACAAUACAAUCGACGUCAGCUUUCACAUUCUCCAAUACUUAAUUUAACUUCUCAACGUCCAAAAUUAUCAACUGCUAAUACAAUUUAUUUAUCAAAUAGUGAUACAUCGAAAAAUCUUCCUACAACAGCUAAACAUUUUGAUCGUCUAUCAACAACACUUGUCAAAUAUUCGGAUAAAGAUAAAAAACCAACUUUAUCAACAAAAUCUUAUCGACGAAAUCAACAACAAAUAUUGACAAGAAAUAAUACAAGUAGUGGAGGUGGUGAUUCCGGUUAUUCGGAAGAAAGUUUUGCAACAACAACAUUAUCAUCUUAUAUACGUCGUCCAUUACAUACAUCAUGUCCUCAUUGUCAUUGUGAACAACGUUCAUCAUUUAAAAAUUAUAAAAAAUCUACAGAAAAUUAUUCAACAGAUUCAUCAACGUCAGAUACAACAAUUAAUAAAGAAAUACAUUCACCAGAUUUUUAUUUUCGUCUUUUUCAACAAAAACAAUCUUUAUCUGCUAGUCGAUCUUAUCCACAUAUUAAACCAUUACCAAAAACAACGAUUCAAUCACAAAUAAACAAACCUUCACAACAACAACAACAACAAAAACAAACAAAAUCACGUACAGCAAAACGACGAAGACAUUUAUCAUGCGAUAGUUCACUUUGUUCAAAAACAUUAACAUAUCAACCGAUUAAUGUGAUAUCAUCUCCUGUGAUAUCUGAACCUAAUAACACACAACUUCAACGUCAUUUUACAACAAUUGGUAUGAUGACAAAUGAUUCAUCAACUCCUUGUUCGAAAAAUUUAUCAUCAUUACCAAAAACAAAUCAUAUAUUUGGUGAACUUAAUUUAGCUGCAAUUGAACUUGAUUCAAUUCGUACAUUAGAUUAUCAUCGUGGAUCAUUUUCAUCAUCAUCAUAUUCAUCAUCUUUAACAUCAUCAUCAUCAUCAUUAAAUACUGAUAGACAAUUGAAAAAUUCACAUACACGUCGAAAACAAUCUUCUCAACAUAGUAAAAAAGGAACAUAUCUUGUUUGGCAUGAAUAUAAAAAUUCAUCAUUAUUAUCCGCAACAAAUGGCACAAAAAUCUUUUCCGUUAUACGUGGUGAUCAAGUACGUUUAUUAAGACGUAUUGGUAAAUCAACAUUACUUGUACAAAAAGAAGAUGAUGGUUCAAUUGGAUUUUUACCCCAAUCAUGUUUAGCACAUGAUCAAAUAAACUCAUUUUUAUCUGUUAAAGGAUUAAGAGAAACAGUUUUAUAA